AAACAGCCUUCGAGCAACAUUUGCCAUUCGCAUUGCGCAACAAUCGCCAUGCAGACUCACCCUGUGCAAACACCAUAUGACUUUUUCCCAAGACGCGAAAAUUAGCCUAUUACAGAAAUAAGACUUUUAAGUAAGUUUCCGCCCAUUUCCACGAUCAGCACAACUGCUAAUUGUUGGCCACGUUAUUUAGCCCGCAUUACCACAUCGUAUCGAUGCUGUAGUUGCGCCCAAAAUGGCGGGAAUCGACGUAUUCGACGACACCGUAGUCAACCAGUUCAGCUGCAAGCGAUGCGACCGAACAUUCAAAAGCAAGCGCGACCAAACGCUGCAUCGUCAGGAGGUGCACAAUCACAACAAAACUACCUAUGAGUGCAAGCUGUGCUCCAAGAGUUUCUGCAACAGCGGAAAUUUGGAUCGCCACAUGAAAGUGCACAACGAUGUGCGCCCAUUCGUCUGCAACAUAUGCUCCAAGGCAUUCGCUCAGGCUGUGAAUUUGCAGCGUCACUUUGCCGUGCACAGCGGUGAGCGCCCGUUUCAGUGUAGCUUCUGCAACAAAUCCUUUACGCAACAAAGCAACAUGAAGCGCCACAAAAUGACACACACCGGCGAGAAGCCAUUCCGUUGCCAGCGCUGUGGCCGCUACUUCUCGCAACUUGUUAAUCUGAAGAAACACAAACUGGGGCAUCUGAAUGCCAAGCCCUAUCAAUGUAACUACUGCGAAAAAGGAUUUACCCAGCUGUCAAAUUUUAAGCGCCAUUUACAGUCGCACAUUAAGGAGGGCGUCGAUGUGGAUAUAGCUGAGGCCAUACAAGCGGCCUCGGCCCUAGCGCGAGCACGCUUGGAAGCUGAGCAGAAACCUUUCUUUGAGUGCAUGGUUUGUCGUGCCAUCUUUGAGUCGUUCAGCGACUAUGAGAAACAUGAGGGCAAGUGCCAUGAAGAGCAUGAACGUGCCCAAUUAGACGUUAGCCAAAUGCAUAUGAAUGCGGACGACUAUGCGGACUUGCCCAUGAAGUUCUCGGUGCCCGAUCUAGAUACACAUGAGAUAAUUAUUGAGACUACACAUUAGGAUUGUCGACUUUGGGAAAUUGCUAUACACCUCGAUAUACGGCAGUAAAGAAAAUACAGGUGUUUGAAAUGUAUAUUGUAAAAGAGAUAUGCAGGCAAACAUAUAUACAUACAUACAUACGCAACAGUUCAUUGGAAACACAAUAAAUGCAGCACUUACUAUAA